UUCAGACUGCCGCCGGUCUCUGUUCGGCAACAGGCGGGAGGGAUUCCCCUGUUCGUCGCCUCUCAGUCUUCCCCUCAGAAUUGCUUUUGCGUUAAAAAACAAUCAAUCUGGCUGCUUUUACCGGCGCGCCCAUCAGCGGCGGCAUGUCCUGGAACCAAAGUGCUGCGCGCGACGCGGAGCAGAAACUUUAAACCGGGGGAUUUAUUUAACAAAAAACUAGUGCAGCAUUGGAAUAAUAGCCGGACUCUAUACACUGUUUCUAUCUGAUGAGGCAGCCUCCAAAUGACGUCGAGAUGGCAUUAGGUGGGACGCUUCUGCCAUCCAUAUCCACGUUUGCCAGCAGCCCCACUGACAAGAGUAGAUCCAUAGGAAGUGCCAAUCUAAAAUGGAAGGAGGAGUUGUCCUGUCUUAAGAGAUCCAGUGUGCCAGCAGGAAGUACCUGCCCUGACCCAGACCAUCCCACUGCCACCAGCAUAACAAGUACCAGCAUGUCCAAGAAAGACGCAGAUCCGGACUUGGACUUAGACUACGACUUUAUUUUGUCCAACUCGAUUCUUCAGCAACAACAGCAACAACAGCAGCAGCAACAGCAGGAGGAUGCCAUGGCAUGCAGCUCUGCUCAGGCCUUGUCUCCUUCUCCUAGUUCUUUCUCUUCAACUUACCAACUUCCCUCUCCUCAAGACACUGCCAAUGAACUGCUCUAUACCAUCCCAGACAUCAGUGAUGUUUCACCGUCUGGAGGCUUUGUUGCGGAGCUCAUGAGACCGGAGUUAGACCCUGCAUACCUCCACCCUACCAGCCUCCAUGGCAAGUUUGUUGUCAAGACAACAAUGGAUAUGGGAGAAUACAACCAAGGCCUGAAUGUAAGCAAGGCCUGUGUUAAUGCAGUGUCGGACUCAGCUCCUUCACGUGCCUCACCGUCCUUUACAUGCCACAGGAUAAAGCAGGAGAACCCCAGUAACUGCACCAUCUCACAGUCUAUGGACCUACAUCUGACAGGGGUAAACUCACAGGGCCGAGGAGGCCAGCAACAUCAGCAGCGCCCUGGCCACCUGGAUCUGCAUGGGUUCUCCAGCGGAGGGCGUUCUAUGACAGGCAGCAGGUUAUCCUCAUCCUCUUCCCUCUCCCCAGACCAUCCUCUCAGCCGGGAGCACCAGCUGGGCCACGCCAUCUCUCAGAUCCCGCUACCUCCACAGGGAUACCACCAUAACUCCUCGCAGGGCUACCCUUCCUACCCUCAGACAUCAUCCAUGCAGUACCCAGAGGCCCUCAUGAUCUCCGGCGUGGACUGCUUACCAGAGGAACCAAAGCCUAAGCGCGGUAGACGAUCCUGGCCGAGGAAGAGAGUGGCGACCCACACGUGUGACUAUGUCGGCUGUGGGAAAACGUACACAAAGAGCUCCCAUCUGAAAGCACAUCACCGCACACACACAGGGGAGAAGCCUUAUCACUGCGACUGGGAGGGCUGCGGCUGGAAGUUUGCACGUUCAGACGAGCUCACUCGCCACUACAGGAAACACACGGGUCAUCGGCCGUUUCAGUGUCAGAAAUGUGACCGGGCCUUUUCUAGGUCAGACCACCUUGCUCUCCACAUGAAAAGACACCUAUGAGAAUUGGUUAAAGGACCAGACAACAUGACAACAACUUCAAUAUAAACACAUGUAUGUUUGCAAAACCCUGAACAAACUUGUGCACUACACUUUCAAAACCAUAACUUGCCUUCAAGCUGGCAUCAAGCAACAAGACAAGCUGUGGUGUUCAUGGCUAAAAGAGCAUUACUUCUUUGAGAGCCUUCUCUCGCACGUUGUGCAGGUGACUCGACAAGACCUUUCAGCCAGGGUUGUAAACUUUUUAUGAAAGGGACCAAACUGGAAUUUGUCUUAUUUAACCGACAAAACUUGGAGGACCAGGUGCCAGCAGCUUUUAACUGGAAACGUCAGGGAAACCAGGAGCAACAAACAAAGCAUCUCCAGAGGCCUUCUACCAAAAAAACAUGCCAUCACAGACUCUGUUAACUACACACUGUUCCUAAUACUGUAUUAAUAAAUACAUAUAUAUAUUUAUAUUCAUAUUUCACCUGCAAUGCCACUGAUUUCAGGUACAAUGUUAAUUUAUACAGAAUGGUGCUCAGUAAUUUUGAAGGUUUUUCUUUUUUAAAUAAAAGGUACCAAAGAUUAAGGAAAUUAAGGGUGAAUUGAAAAAGUGCCAUAUAGUUGUUCAUGUUUCUUGGAAACCUUUCCACAAUCUGACUUCAGGUGAACACUUCUCUUUUUAAAUGGUGAUGGCAAUCUUCAAUGCACUGCAGCUGCAAAGUGCAAUAAUUUAUGAAACAGUCAUAUUUUUGUAUUGAAUGAGUAACUCUGAACAAAGAUCUUUUUUGUUUAUAGCCAGAAUAUGUAAUAUAAUCUUGAAUUUUGUAGAUUUGUAAAUAUAAAUGCUUUGUUAUUGUUUUGUAUUUUACAGUAUGAUAAAAAAUAAAAUGUAUUUGAAAUAAGAAAACCAA